AUGAAAGCAGUGGCCCGAAGCUACGUGUUCUGGCCAUCACUGGACGUUGAAAUUGCAGAAUACGUACGAACGUGUGUGCAUUGCGCUGCAGCCGCCAAAUCACCAGCGCAUAUUCCACCAGUACCCUGGCCAAAAUCAUCGUCUCCCUGGCAGCGGGUUCAUGUUGACUAUGCCGGACCCAUCGAUGGUGAAUAUUUUCUCCUAGUCGUCGAUUCUUACUCCAAGUGGCCUGAAAUUGUACAGACACGGCGAAUCACAAGUACAGCAACGAUCAACAUUCUACGUGGCCUGUUUGCACGCCUGGGAAUGCCAGAGAAGCUAGUAUCCGACAAUGGUACCCAGUUCACCAGUAUUGAGUUCAAGCAGUUUUGUGCUGAAAACGGUAUUGAUCAUGUCACUACCGCACCGUUUCACCCUCAAUCAAACGGUCAGAUUGAACGGUUCGUCGAUACUUUGAAGCGUGCAAUUAAUAAAAUUCAAGAAGGGAGAGGAUCAAUUAACGUUGCAUUGAAUACAUUUCUGCUGACGUAUCGAAGUACACCAAAUCAAUCAGCACCGAAUGGUUUGUCACCAUCGGAAGUGAUGUUCGGUCGACGCCUAAGAACGUGUUUGGAACUUCUACGUCCUCCACCGAACUGUACGCAAGAAUCGCUCCAGCACCAGCAAGUAGCUUCACGGUCCCUGAACAAAGGAGAUGCCGUGUUCGUGAAGGUUUAUGCUAAAAAUACUUGGAAAUGGAUUCCGGGUACCGUCAUCGAGAAAACAUUCGCUAAUGCAUCCGGAACAAGCCUGCAGACUACGACACGACAGUUACCAUUAAGUAUCCUGCUCGAUGCCUGGGAAUUACCAACAACAACAACAACAACGAGUACUCCUCGAUCUGAAGUAACACCGAAAGCAGCUUUAACCAGUGACACUGUCAGAACCCCGUCGUUGUCACCGUCGUUCCCUGAGACUUCAGUCAGUCAACAGCUAUUACCAGAUAUGUCGUCAACCGCUACAACCACAUCUACUUCUGAGACUGUUACGGCAGUUACACCAAGUGUACAUCAACCCUGGCGCUCUUCGCGAGUCCGAAGACCACCUAAGCGGUUUACCCCGUAUCAACGCUACUAG